GUACAAAUUAAAAAAAAAAUAAAUAAAGGAGCAAAGUGUAAAUACAACUUUGUCAAAUAAUAUAAGAAAGAAAUUAUCCAAAGUGUAUGAAUAUUAUGUGAAAAUUAUUAGUAUGUACAAUAUAGAAAAGCAAUUAACAUAAAAGUGUACAAUAUACAUAUUACUUAUUUAAGUUUUAAAAAAAUUAUCAAAGGAAUUUAUAAUUAUAUUAAAGGAAUACAAAUAAAAAAGAAUCUAGGUUUAAUAAUUUUAUAAGAAAAUCAUUUUAACGUUAGUUUAAGCGAAAAAAAAGGAUUAAGUGAAAUAAAUAAUUAAAUAUAAGUAAAUAGAAUAAGUGAAUAUGCAAAAUAUGUGGGAAAUAACGGACGAUAAUGUUAAUUGUGAUGAAUGUAGUGCUAAUUAUUUUUUACCACCACCUAAAUUUGAAUUACCGCCACCACCAAUACCACCAACAUUAGAGAAUUUUGUUAAAUGCAAUGAAGACGAAAUUUUUAACCAAAUGUCAAAUUGGAAUAAUGACAUGUGUGCAGCUAUUCCGGUAUUUGGAACAAAUGGUUUAUCUAGUCCGAUGAUACAAGCUUUAACAUUAGUUGGCGUUUUUGCUUUCAUUUUAUUAUUAGUCAUAGCAUUCUCAAUGAUUUAUGUAAGAAGGUUAAUGAAUCAAAAAGACGAUGGAUGUAAGGAAUUGAAAAAUUUGGUUAAGCAUACUUUACAACAUUCUGAAUCAAAUUCAUCUGAUAAUAGUGCUAGAAGUUAUUUAGCUCAACCUAAAUAUCAGAAUAAAAAUUUUUAUGAAGAAUGCGGUGGACGAUGUAAUCAAUAUACAAUACGACGAGCACAUGAUUUUGUUAGUUAUGUACCAACAAAUAAUACAAGUAUGUCAUCAGUAUCAGAAACAGCUAAUUCAAUAAUUGGUGUUGGUAGCGUUUAUAUGGAACCAUUAAGAUAUCCUGAUGCACAUCACAAUGGCUAUUUGGGUUAUACUGAUUUAGAUAAAUGUUAUAAUCAUUCAAAUACUAAUACAUUAAAUGGUUAUAUUCAACCACCAUCAUUAAUUGCACCAUCACCAUUACAUAGUCACAAAAUGAAUUCACAAUUAGCAGGAGGAAGUUUAAGUAAAGGAUAUAUUAUACAUACAUCUCCUUCUAUAAAACAAUCAUGUGAUUUAUAUUCAAUACCAUAUGAAGAUAUAGAAGAAUUACCUGGUUAUUCAAGAGCGGAUACUGGUUAUGGUGGUAGUAGUGAAGAAGGAGCAAGUAAUAAUGAACAUAAUGUUAGCCAUAUAAGUAGAAGAAGUAGCAAUAACAGUAAUCAUACAACAAGAAGAUGUAGUUUGGAUAGCACGAAUAGCAAUAAUAUUGAUAAUCAUAUCUCUAAUAGUAAUAAUAUUAAUAACAAUAGUAAUAGUAAUAAUAAUAAUGUAAUUAAUCAAGAUAGUAAUAGUGUAAAUUAUCCGGAAUACGUUGAAAUUGAUUUAGUUUUACCGAAUUUAGUUGAAUCAAAUGAAAACCGAUGAUAGGAAAUUAAAAAUUAAAAAAGAAAUAUAUUAAUAUUAUAAAUGUAUAUGUAAUAAUAGCGAAAAUUGAUGGAUUUAGAUGUAAGAACUAAUAUAAAAUCAAAUACAUGUUUAAUGAUGCUAAAUUAUGUAUAUUUAACUAUUCAGUAAUUUAAAAUAGCGCAUAAUUUGCAAAUUGAAUUUAUGUAAAAUUUUUUGGACAGAUGCAUGAGCGCUGAUAGGAAUUUAUUUUUUUCUAGAUAUAUUCCGGAAUCACUUUUUUUACAAUAACAAUUGU